AUGAAUGCAUGUAGAAUAUUCUACACUGAGAAAAAUCAAUUAAGAGUUGACAGCAAGGAGGGGAGCGUUUCCUUCUGUGUGUCCCGGUGGUUUCUCUCUGCUAUAGCUUCUCUUGAUCCAAGAGAAAGCCGCAAACCGGUUGUUUCUCUGAAACCGCACUCUCUCUUCGUCCCUAUAUAUACGGCCAUAUCCCCACUGGCUCUCACUCCGGAAACCCAGAAGUCAAUCCAAAUUUUCAGAUCUAAAUACCAAUCUCUCGUUGAAUUCAAUCUCUCCCUCUCUUUGUUCAUGAGCUUGAGAUACGGAUUCAGGGUUUUGCAGCAGGCGGCCAUGCGGGUGAUGCAGGGAAUGAAAGAUCAGGCCUCCAAGUGUGAUUCGACUGUCAAGUCUGCAUCUUCUUCUUCUCCUUCUUCAAAGCAGACUAGGCUUUUAUCUGGCGCUGUUGAUUUCAAGGCCCUUACUAAUGAGAAGCUGAAGCAAGCAGAGGAGUCUCUCCGGACGGUCAUGUAUUUGAGCUGUUGGGGGCCCAACUGAGCAGAACCGAUGAGCGGCUGUUUUGUAGAUAACUAGUCAUAUUAAGCACCUUUUAAUCUUUACAGUGGUGUAUGUACAUAUUUGUUCAUAUAGAUAUGUGGAAUAUAUUUGAAGUCUCUGUAGAUUUCAGUUCUGAACCCAAUUUCUUAUGUUUUGUAUGUAAUUGAGCAGAGAAUCAGAGACCCACUAUAAAUCAGAGACCCAUUUAUGAUUCAUAA